UAGACACUGCCGCUUCAAUCUUCCAUCUUCAACAAUCAAAACAAUGGCGAGUAGCAGUGAUCGAGUCAUUACUACUGAAAUUAAAAAUGUAUUAUCAGGAUUGGAGGACAGUUUACUCCUAGCAUGUGAACGAGUGUCGAUGAAUCCGGUCAGCAAUGAAAAUCCUGAUUAUAAUAGGGAUACUUUCUGGACUAAUUUUAAGGGAGCUGUGAAACUUGUUUCGCAUGAAGCUACAAAAUUUUGUUUAAUGUUCGAGAAGGAUCCAUUGCCUUCACUUCAAGAGUCCAAGAAUAUAGUUGACACUGUGGAAAGAACAUGUUUGGCUUUAGUGAAUGUGUUGAAUUCUCUUCCCAAAAGUAAAGGUCAGAUUUUGCACAAAGAAUUGAGCAGAUAUGUUUUGGUUUUGCUACAAAACAUGAAAGAACUAUGUGUUGCUGCAAAAAAUGGAAGUAUAUUUACAUUGAGGAAUGUUGGAUCUGUAUGGGAAGAUUGUGAAAGCGUUGAAAAUCUCCCUCAAGACAACAAAGUUGCUGUUUGUACAUUAUGCAGACAAGAGCUUGCUUUGGUUGAAGAUGCAUGCAACGAACUGAUGGAGGCAAUGGAAAGUGAAGAUGAACCAGUCAUAGACCUCUCUUUCAUCACUCCACGCAAUGGCCUUCGAAUCCCUCCCGUCAGGUCGUGGACAGACGCCGAUCGCAAUGUCAUCCUCCCAUGCUACGGUAUGGUCAAGGCUGCCAGAGCCUGUCUAAAGCAAACUCUCAAGGCCAUAACCCAAAGAGGCAAUGCAGAUGACGAUGAGUGCAGCAGGGAAUUGGAUGCAGUUGCUUAUAUUGUCAACCCUAGCAGCACCCUCAUUGAUGAUUUUAUUUUGGCGAUUUAUCCGCCCGUUAAUCACUCAGCACUUCGACAUCAGGCUGCUUUGGUCAGAAAUAACUUUAAAGAACUACUCAAUCGAGUUGGAAUUUGUCAUUUCUGCUCUGAAGAUGACAGGUCAUGGGUGGAACUUUUGGAAAAAGCUGUGGAUCACAAUUGGGUUCGAAUAAAUGACUUGAUACUAGCGGAUUGAUUAAAUUUGUACAGUUUGUUACAUGUGUACAGAGCGCCAUCAUGAAAUAAAUCAUAAUUUAUUACUUUGU